CUUCGUCAUCGACGGGGCCACGGCGCUGUGGUGCGCGGCGGGCGCGGGGCCCUCCGGGGUGGUGAAGCUGCUGGUGAGCCACGGCGCCAACGUCAACCACACGACGGUGACCAACUCCACCCCCCUGAGGGCAGCCUGCUUCGACGGGCGCCUGGACAUCGUCAAGUACCUGGUGGAGAACAACGCCAACAUCAGCAUCGCCAACAAGUACGACAACACCUGCCUGAUGAUCGCCGCCUACAAGGGCCACACGGAGGUGGUGAGGUACCUCCUGGAGCAGCACGCCGACCCCAACGCCAAGGCCCACUGCGGGGCCACGGCCCUGCACUUCGCCGCCGAGGCCGGGCACUUGGAGAUCGUCAGGGAGCUGGUGAGGUGGAAGGCCGCCAUGAUGGUCAACGGCCAUGGGAUGACCCCCUUGAAGGUGGCCGCCGAGAGCUGCAAGGCUGACGUGGUGGAGCUGCUGCUGGCCCACGCCGACUGCGACCAGAGGAGCCGCAUCGAGGCUCUGGAGCUCCUGGGGGCUUCCUUUGCCAACGACAGGGAGAACUACGACAUCGUCAAGACCUAUCACUACUUGUACUUGGCCAUGCUGGAGAGGUACCGGGACGGCGAGAACGUCAUCGAGAAGGUCGUUCUGCCCCAGAUCGAAGCUUAUGGGAACAGGACUGAGUGCAGGACUCCUCAGGAGCUGGAGGCCAUUCGGCUGGACAGGGAUGCCCUCCACAUGGAAGGGCUCAUUGUGAGGGAGAGGAUCCUGGGCUCGGACAACAUCGACGUCUCUCACCCCAUCAUCUACCGGGGCGCCGUUUACGCCGACAACAUGGAGUUCGAGCAGUGCAUCAAGCUCUGGCUCCACGCCUUGCACCUGAGGCAAAAAGGCAACAGGAACACUCACAAGGACCUCCUGAGGUUCGCUCAGGUCUUCUCUCAGAUGAUACACCUGAACGAGCCCGUGAAGGCCAAGGACAUUGAGAGCGUCCUGAGGUGCAGCGUCCUGGAGAUCGAGCAGGGCAUGGCCCGCAUCAAAACCACCCAGGACUCCGACCUCCACACCGCCCUGGACAACUACGAGUGCAACAUUUUCACCUUCCUCUACUUAGUCUGCAUCUCUACCAAGACCCAGUGCAGCGAAGAGGAUCAAUCCCUCAUCAACAAGCAGAUCUACAACCUCAUCCACCUGGAUCCCCGCACGCGGGACGGCUCCAGCUUGUUGCACCACGCCGUCAACUCCAGCACCCCCGUGGACGACUUCCACACCAACGACGUCUGCAGCUUCCCCAACGCCCUGGUCACCAAGCUCCUCCUGGACUGUGGGGCCGACGUCAACGCCGUGGACGGCGAGGGGAACAGCCCUCUCCACGUCAUCGUCCAGUACCACAGGCCCAUCAGUGACUUCUUGACCUUGCAUUCCAUCAUCAUCAGCCUGGUGGAGGCCGGCGCUCACACGGACAUGACGAACAAGCAGAAGAAAACCCCUCUGGAUAAAAGCACCACGGGGGUGUCCGAAAUACUCCUUAAAACUCAAAUGAAGCUGAGUCUCAAGUGCCUGGCUGCCCGAGCAGUACGGAUCUAUAACAUCAGCUACCAAAACCAGAUCCCCAGAACUCUGGAAGAGUUUGUGAAGUUUCACUAG